AUGGCUUGCAAUCAAUCGUCAAUGAAUGCAUUCGUUAAUGAGCAAAAUGAAAAACCUAUGAACAAUGAUGAAAUUGUUUGUCUAAAGCCUAGAAUUUGUAAUAAUAUACGACAGCCAAUAUGUGAUAGCAAUGGUCAUUGGCAUCGAAAUCAAUGUACCUUUUUGCAUGCACAAUGUAUUGCUGCACAACGUGGACAAACGUUAUCAUUGGCUGAUGAAAAAUGGUGCUCUAUUAAUGACGGUAAAAAAGAAGCUAAAAAAGGUCAAAAAUCAAAAGCGUCACGUCAUUGUUAUCGCCAAUGUUCGGCGAAUCUUACAUAUGAACCGAUAUGUGCAACAACUUUUGUAACAUAUCCAAAUCGUUGCUUAUUUUUAAAUGCCAAAUGUCGUGAUAAACAAUUGGAACAAUUAUAUUCUGGUGAAUGUCGAAAUUGUUUGGCAUUAAAUUGCAAUGAGACGACAGGGAUGAAUGAAUUAGAUUCAAAUUUUGUAUGUGAUCAAGCUGGAAAUACGAAAAGAAAAUGUGAAUUUGAAAUGUUACGAUGUAUUUAUGAACGAAAAUUUGGUUACAAUAUUACCGCCGCAUAUAUGGGACGUUGUUGUCCAACUGAAGAUACAUGUGAGCAAUCAUUUGAUGAUAAGAAACAAUUGAAAUUUGAGGGACCAGUUUGUGAUUCACACAAUGUCACUUAUUCAAGUCGUUGUCUUUUUGAGGUGCAUAAAUGUCGAGCUGAAAAAAUUGCACACCUUAAGUUAACAUUAUUAAAUGAAAAUGGUAGUUGUUCUGCAACAUCUGCCGUAAAUAUUGAAAAAUUACCACAAGGUAUUGUUGUAAUUAUCAUUAACAUAUCAGCUAUUUAUCUUUGUUAUCAUUAA